ACUCUACUCAGCCACGCCAUCAACACAAUGCAGAUCACUACCGACCAGCCUGUACAAAAGGCUCUGGCUUCGCCAAGUCACGAUCGCACCAAGAAACAGGCCAUCGACAACUUCCUAGCGGAUCUGUCGCCUUGGGAUAUCCUGUACCUGCGGGGCCGAAUCCGUGACGCAACCAUCGUGCUCUCAGGUCUGCAAGAUCUACCCCCGGAGCUCAUCUGCCUUAUUCUUUCAUAUCUAAGCGUCCAGGACUUUCGGGCUUGCAGAUUGGUCUGCAGAGCAUGGGCAACGGCGUGGACGCAGGACUCGGUCUUGGCGCGAGCAUGCCGCAACUUCUUCCCCGGUCUCUUGGAGACGUACCCGACAACGCCUGGCAGGCAGCUCUUUUCUAUGGCAGGUAAGAAGCGAAAGAAGUGGCAGCGACCAUUUUCCAAGUACACAUGGAUGCGGUGGAACCAGGGCCUUAGUAGCAUCUUUCGCGAGUCAACUCCGCCGUCGCAGCUUGGCCCGGUACCCGUCGAUUCGUGGUAUCCUUCGCUCUAUGCGAAAGAGAAGCUCGCUUGGCAGCCCAGGUUGGAUAGGGUUAUUGUUGAUGACCUUCGGACUAGAGAAAGACAUAGGUUUCUUCCUCCUGGAGGUGCCAUGUCGGGCACUCAAUUCCGACUUGUGUGCAUCAGUGAUCAACUUCUUGUGAUGAGAGAAGCCAACCAGCCCAACCGAAAGAUAUUUAUUGCCAACCUAACUACGAAAGAGUGGAAGACCAUCUCAUUGCCAGGUCCAUUUGCUACAGCGCAUACAGAGGCCAAGACUGUCGGCAUUGGGACAUCAACCGGGCAGAUAGUAGUCUUUACUUGGGGUGGUAAAACGACACAGCUCGAUCUCACAAAGGUUCAGACUUGCCCACCCGGGUCGGAGCGUUUAUUUGGAGGCGUAGCCAAUGUCUUGCCGCAUCCGACGCAAGACAAUGUGGUGUUUGGGGUUUGGGCAUGCUCCCGCAAGAUCUCAAGUGAGUACACAAACCGCAUCUGCAAGCAGACACUGAAUAAAGCAGACUUUAAACAGAUCAGCUUUGUUGUGAUCAAAUUCGAAGACGGCCAGCCAGUGUGGUGGGCGACAGAAGACAUUCCAAACCCCAGACGACACGCCAACAGAGACUGCAACCAAGAGAGCUAUCUCGGAUUGUCGUUUGCGUGCAGAAAGUCGGACAACUGCGGAUCUUUUGCUCUGGGCAUCUAUCGAAGCCAAAACCAGAUUCAAACAUUGCCUAGUAUUUGCUAUGGAUGCUUGCCGGCGACAAGAGUUGGCGAUUGGGGUGCUGUCUCUUUCAACGCCUUGACGCAGACCUUUAAACACUACGAAUAUAGAUCCUCACGGCCCGACCUUCUCUGGAUUGGAAGCCCUCAGCCUCAUUUGACAGCGGGAAGGGAACUGUUAUUUGUGGAUGCACACCUCUGGAAUGAAGACUUGCUGCUGGCAGCAUCCACGGCCGACGGAAACAUGCGCAUCGACCUCCACCUGCAAACGAUACAUCCUGUCGGAAGCGGCUUUUCGGGUGAACCACACUGGGCGCCGAUUCGACUUCGAGACUCGGUGCAUGCCGCGAGGACGAUGAUAUUUCAGGAUGACGACUUUGUGGUAGUACCCACCAUCGGAGGCGUCGUCAUGUUUGAACCGUCUGACUCGCCGUCGGAGGGGAGGCCGGCGGAUGGUUUUGUCGACUCACUGGAUACGCCUCAGCCGCUGGACCGUUGGAAGUCGGAGACGUUGAUCUUGAUAAAGGAUGAUCCUGUGCCUGAGAGUCCAUCCGCGAGGGCCUCCUUGCUUCGGCUUGUCAGCAAUCAAUAA